AUGAAUAAAAAAACUAUUAAAAAUUUUAAUAAUUAACAACCUUUUGGAAUGCAUUUUUAGCAACCGAAUUUCCAUCAAGCAUAAGAAGGUAUAGGGAAUUUAAAUGCUUUUUACAAUAAUGAAUAAUUGUUUGGUUUAAGUCCAGUUUAACAAUAAAAUAUCCCUUAAAAAGCAUAAAAUCCUUAAAAACAAUCUUCGAAUAAAAUAAAAUCUUAAGCAUAAAAACCUUUAAUUGUAAAAAACUAAUAAACUACUCAAUAAAUAAAAUAACCUGUAAUACAAGCAUAAUAAUAAACCUAUAAUAUCAUACAAAAUCAACCUAUUAAUAAUUAAAAAUUUGUUAAAAACCCAAUAUAAAACAAUAAUUUAUUCACAUUUAAAGUAUUCGAAAACGAGAACUAAAAACUUUUAGAUUAAAAUAAAUUAUUGUAUUAAAAACAACCCAAAGAAUUCUAAUCAAAAUAUCCUUUUAAUUCUUAAGAAAAUUAAUAAUUUUGGUCAAUAAUAUUAAAUUCAAUAUAAUGCCCAAUUAACGUAUUUUUUAACUUCACUAAAUAAAAAUUAAAUGAAUACGAAAACACAUUCAAUUAAAUUCCCGAAAAUUAAAAAUUCACAGAUCCAUAAUUUAAGCCUUCUAUAGAAGUCUUAAAUAAUAAACCUGGUCAAUUUUAAUUUAAGCGAGCUUCUGAAAUAUACGAAUAAUUUGACAUUUUCGAUUUAAGUAUUGAACCUAAUUAAAUUCAAUAAGGAAUUCUAGGAGAUUGCUAUUUGAUUUCUUCUAUAAUAUCGUUAUCUGAAAAACCUGAAAUGUGCAUAAAAUUAUUCAUAAAUAAAAAUAAAAAUAAUAAAGCAAUAUAUGGACUUUGGAUUUGUGAAAGUGGAGAAUGGACUUAAAUAAUUAUCGAUGAUUUUCUAGUCUGUUAAAAUAAUUCUCCAUGUUUCGCAAAAUCCAUCAGGAAUGGAAUCUGGGUACAAUUAUUAGAAAAAGCCUACGCUAAAUGUUAUGGAGGAUAUUAAAAAAUAGAAGUAGGAUAUUCUUGUGAUAGUUUAAAGGAUUUAACAGGUUGUCCAACUGAAUAUAUAGACAUUAAAAACUAAAAAUUUGAAAAUGCCUUUAUUUAGAUGAAAAAUGUACUCAAAAAGGGCUUUAUUUUAACUGUUAGUUCGAAAAUAGAAGCUUAGGAUUUAAUUUCAAAGCAUUCUUAUACUAUUUUUGAUUUAAAGGAAGUAUUGAAUAAAUAAGGGAAAAUGGUUAAAAUGUUGAAAAUAAAAAAUCCUUUAGGGUUUGGGUUUUAAUAGAAUAAUACAUAAUAAAAUGAUGAAAUUUUAGAGUAGAAUCUAGGAGAACCAACUAAUUAAAAAAAUGGGAUUUGGUGGAUGUCUGAAAAAGACUUUUUGGGUAAUUUCGAAGUAGUUACUUCUUGUAAAAUACAUGAAGGAUAUUGUUAUAGUUCAUUUAAAGUUUAGAAUAAAAGCUUUGAGUUUAUUAGAAUUAUUAAUAUAAAAGAAGGUAAUCAUUGUUACUUUUCGAUACACUAAAAACACGAAAAGUACUUUAAAUAAGAUUUAAAAGAUAAUAAUUAUUAUUAUAAAACGGCAAAAAUUAUAGUCUGUGAAAUUUCAAAUGGAAAAAUUAUAGAUGUAAAAGGAGGUUCCUUUUCUAAUAAAUAGAGUACUUUUUUUGAAUUCGAAAAUAUGAAAAAAGGAGACUUUUUAGUAUUUGUAGAAGUUGAUAAAAUAUAAGGAGAUUUCGUAUUUUCUUAAUAUUGUUAAUUUCCAGUUUCUGUUUAGAAUGAUUUUUAGUUAAAUGUGAGUGCUGGAAAUCUUAUUUAAAUAAUUUUUUAGGAAUACAUUAGUAAAAUUAAUAGUAGCUAAGAGUGGAAUAGUGUAAUUUAUGAUGAAAAAAAUGGAAAUGGAAAAGUUAUUAGAGAUUUCGGAAGUUUAUUUGGAUUUUCUUUUAUUAGUUAUAGAAAUUAAAGCUCUUAAAUUUUUAACGAAGAUAUUAAUAUUAUAAGUAACGAAAAUAUAGAUUUAUAUGAUUUUGAUAAAAAAAACUAAUAAAACAAAAAGCUAGUUAAACUUAAUCCUAAUGAAUAAUAAGUUGUGUUAUUUAGAAUUUUAGAAAAAAAUAAUUGCUCACAUGCUUUAAAGUUUAAAGGUACAUAUUGGUUUGGAAACUCAAAUAAUGUUAUUAAACCAGUAAUUAAAGGCUAAAGUAAUGUCAAAUAAAUAAGUUAAUAAAAACGAUGA